UUUGGAGAAAACGUGCAGCCUGUGACAUCUGUCAGCUAAAAAGCCGGUGGAAGAGUAUCGUCUCCGAGCCUGGCUCCAGCAGCCAAACCCUGAAACGAUGUAUUCCGCUUUAAUUAACGCGGUUCUAAGAAGCUCUCCUGAUUACGACCUUCUGUUUGAAUCUCUGUGUUGGCCGGAGGACUCAUUGCCGCAGACGGAGCUGGUGGAGUCGCUCACGGCUCUUAUAGAAGCUCUCGCACCGUCUCUUACCAUCCCGGAUUUGGCUCAAGUUACAUUGACAGAUGCAAAAAGAAGAUGCAUUCAUGACAAAAUCGAGUCGAUCAUCUGGUCGAAAUGUCUUCCUUUCCUCCGCAAAAUCUCAACCGAAUCAGGGGGUGAAGAUCGCUGCAGGCAGGGCACCGCCGCAGUCUGCAGAUUACUCGCUGUCUCUGUUUCUGUCUGCGAUCAAAAAACGUGGACAAAAGUGGUUUCUUCAACCCUUCCUUCCUUACAGUGGAGUCCAGAGGAGGAGCUGUCUGGAGCACUGAGUGUGAAUGUUGCUGCAGAAGUCCUGGCAGCUCUCAUGCCUCUUCCUACAGCGGAUGAAGAAUUCACACUCAGCAUUUUAAACUGUGCUCUGUCCUCCAUCCCAUCGCUCCCCGAUAAUCUAGUCUCCAAAGUUACAGUCAGGGUGAUUUUAACUCUGCUCAAUUGCUUCAGUGAUGUAAGAUCAAGCUGCUUCGCCACUCGGAUCAUGGACGCUGUUUGCAGCUGGCACUCCUCUGAGCGCUCAGCGGCGGUCACACAGCGGGCCCUGCUGUGUUUCACCGUCCUGUUAGACCACCUUCUAAAAUCACACACAGUAACAUCAGACACACGGUUCUGGACACUCGUUCAGGACGGACUGACCCACGGGGACAGUGUGUCACGCAAAAGGGCUUUGUACCUGCUGAAAAGAUGCGUGGCGCUUUCUGAUGAGGAGGGAUUUGAUUCCUGCUCUACAUCAGAGGAAGAGGAGGCGUUGUUUAAUUGGGCCCCUGACAAGAGUGGACUGCUAAGAGAGUUCUGGGAGGAUUACACGCUGGUGAUGGAGACGCUGGAGGAGAAUCAGGUUCAUGUUGUCCGCCCAGUUUUAAACAGAAUAGACACUUUAAUUCAAGCAACAGCGAAUGAUAGUGAAGGGUUAGGCCUGUUCCACCCCUCCUGGCUGCUGUGUGUUUACCAACGCAUGUUCCACAGUGAGAAUAAAUCCUUGAUGAGAGAAGGAGUGUGCCAUCUGCUUGAGCUACAGGUUCUAAGGCAGUCAGCAUUUGCUGCGGCAUUUUCUCAGUUUGUCGUCGGUCCCUUUAUGGAUGUUCUCUCUGAAACAUCCCUUUUCUGUAGGUCACCCGGGCAGAGUGUAGGAGAUUGUCCGGAGCUGGCGGGUAAACUCCAAGUUUUCCUGGUCAACUUCUUCACGAGCCUGCCAUCAGAGGACAGAGGUUGUGUUUUGCUUCAGCUGAUUCAGCAGCUCGGAUCAAAGCACUGGUGUGCAGUACCACUCCUCUUCAUCUGCCAGGCUUUGUCCAAACUCCCUCAGAGUCCUCUGCUGAGGAGCAGCGGGCUCUCUGCUCUUCGGGAGGUACUUCGCUCUACUAUGAUCACCCAUCAGGUCCUGCUGAGAGGAGCUGCACAGUGUUUUUUACUAAAGAGCACCCUUUCUCUAAUAGAUGUGAGUGAAGUUACCAGAGAUGAUGUGUUCAGUUUCCUGAUGCAUUUCCGUGCUGAUGAGUCUUUGUGCAGAGGGACAACACUAUGGAAUGAGUUGUGCAUCUGGUUGUCGGAACAUGAUGGAAAUUUCAAGCCCAGAAUUCUGGAUGGUGAUUGCGUCGAUGGCCCAGCACAAAAAGAAACAAUAAGACUCUAUGUUCAACAAGAAGUAAUCGUUUAUCUUCGUGUUCCAGCAAGCACAGGUCAGGCAGAAAGGUUACCUGACAUUAGAGAGGCUGAUAAGUUGGCCAGGGCCAUUCUGCUCUGUGUGGACAUGGAGAGGAGGGAACUGAAGAAAGAUGCCAGGGAAACUCUGAGGUCAUUGCUGUCUCCACUACUGGACACCCUGAGCAGAGUCUACACCAAUAUCUACCUGCCUGUCCAUAAGAGCGACAAGAGUCUGCAGCUUAUGUUAAGACUGUUGCAGCUCAGCACAAGGCCACGUUGUCAGCAGCAAGGAUUGGAAGAGGACGAUUUGAUGUUGGCCAUUGAACAAGCUGUUGUUGAAGUUGUGGAUCCAGUCCAGAAUUUUAUCCUAAGGAGGCUCUGUGGGGAGCUACAGGAGCUCUUUGACGUUGAACGGGCUGAUCUGUAUCUCUGUGUCCUGAAGCAGCUGGCUGCACUGAGCAGCUCUCUACCUCAUGGCUCUAAGAACAUUCAUCAGUAUGCUUCGCCUAAACUCAUCAUGUAUAGCCUUUCAGUGUUAAAAAAGCCAACCCAGCAGAUCCCCUCUGUUGCAAACCAGGUGUCUGAGGCGGUUAGUAUGGCAUCUUUGGCUGCUGUGUGUGAUCUGCUGCAGCAGGGAGGGACUAACAUGUCAUCAGAGACUGCCUCUGCCCUAAAGUCCCUCAAUGAUUAUUUCUACACUUUUGACACUUCUACAAAAUCUCAACCAUCUCUUAGAAACAUUAAUAAACGUCUGAUGAAACCACAGCUGUUAGAUAGUACAAGUGACCUUGUGACUCAAGGCCUUCUGCAGCAGGACUGGGGGCGCAUUGCUGCCAGCUUCCUGCGGGACCAGUGGGUUUGUCUAAACUUCCUGAUCAGGUCUGUAGGGAUCCCCAAAGUGUCUGAGACCCUCAGGGCUGCUCUGAGCUGCAGCGUUGAGGCUCUGGCUCUGCUACCCAGUGACCUUGUCCUGCCUGUGUUGAACUUUAUGAACAUGGCGCUGCCACAGCUGGUGGACGAUGAGGAGGAUCUCUGUGUGCAGGCUGUCAAUCUGAGUUGGGAGCUUGUACAGGGGCUUAGCAACAAUGCUCAUGACUUCUGGCCAGCCUUACAAGGCUUCAUUUCUAUAGCCUUCCAACAUGAGCUGCUGAAGCUGAACCAUCAGCAGGCUCCAGCUCUGACCGCAGCACUGAAAAGGAUUUUUACGGAGGUAGUGGAGCUGUCUCAGUCAAAAAGUGGAGUACUUGGUGUCCUAGUUCAGCACUGUACUCAGACAUGGCUGCCCGGUGAGGGAGGCAGCAGUGAGCUGGCUGAUGGGAUUUUUUCUAGCGUCUUUAACCACCUGGAUAUAGUCACUGAGGCUUGUCUAUAUGGACCAGUGUUCAGGAGAGAUCAACGACUCAUCCAAGAUGUCCAAAUAUUCGUGGAGCAACUUGGUGAAAAUUGUGCAGCUAAUGUUGCAGUUGCUAGUGAUAACAGGGACGAUCAGCUACCCCGCACAUGUGUGCUGACCUUCCUCAGCCGCCUGGAUCCCUGUAAUCAGCAGCAUCAGAGACUCAUAGAGGAGUUAGUGGUGGAGUUACUGAGAAAGGACAGCCUCAUAUCCAAGGCUAAAGUCCGUUACUAUAGCAACUCCCUGCAGCAUCGCAUCAAAAACAGAGCAUGGCAAACACUGCUACUGCUGCUUCCCAAACUCACAGAGGAAUUUGUUGCCACUCUGUUGAACAGCGUGUUUGAAGCUGGAUUUUGUAGCAACCAGCCUUCUGUGAAGUACCUGAUUGAAUGGAUGAUGAUUCUCAUCCUUGUCAAGUAUCCUCAUCAUUUGGACAGAUUCUGGACCUGCUUCAGCUUUGACCACGAAAAGACCAAGACCAGCAUUUGCACCUUCCUGUCUGUCCUGGUACACAUAAGUGUCAUUAUUCCACAUGUUGAGGAUAAAGUCGACCAGCUGCGUAAAGCACUGGACAUCAUCCUGCAGUCGUGUUUCAACCACAACUUUAGUGUGCGUCUGUAUGCCUUAGUGGCCCUGAAGAGGGUGUGGAGCCUUGCAGAAAGCGUGACAGAGGGUGAUGCCUUCAGAGGACUGUCGUCUGUGGUGACGGCUUGUCUGAACCAGGCUGAGGCCAUGCAGAACUCUGGAAAUGCCAACAAGAACUGGCUGAGGAUUCAGGGGCACUUCUUCUUCAGUGCUUUUCAUCCCAUCCGGGAUUAUAGUCUGGAA